AUGGCGUCCAACGCCCCUCCCACGUUCUCUGAGUUUGUGCAGAGCGCGGUGGAACCGGGCAUGUUGCUUGUUGGAGCAGCAUAUCGCGUCCGCGAUAACGCAGAUCCUCCACGCGUCAGUUCAUCAGUUCUAAUCCCAUCCCUCCUUGCCCAAGCCGACGGCGUCGUCCUCGACAUCGGCCCCGGCACCGGCUCGCAAACCCCCUUCUUCAACAACUCAAACCUAAUCCGUAUGUACGGCGCGGAGCCCUGUCACGGACUGCACGGCGAUCUCAUGGCGAAAGUCGAAUCGUGUGGAUUGGGCGGUAAGUAUCAGAUUCUGCCGUGUGGGGCGGAGAGGGCGGCGCUGUUCCCGGCGCUGGGGAGGGAGGGGCUGUUGGCAGAGACGGAGACGGAUGUGGUUAGCGGGAAGGUGAGGGGCUCGGUGCAAGGGCGGGGCAUAUUUGAUACGAUUGUGUGCGUGCGCGUGUUAUGCUCCGUGCCUGAUCAGCGGGAGACGGUGAGAGGGUUGUAUGAUUUGUUGAAGCCUGGGGGGAAGUUGUUGGUGUGUGAGCAUGUUGUUAAUCCUUGGUCUCUGCGUUGUGGUGGGAGGGGGAGGAAGGGAAACUUCUUCUCCCGGUUGAUGCAGGCUGUUUAUAUGUUGUGUGGGUGGGAAUUUUUUCUGGGUAAUUGCCAUUUGAAUCGGGAUACGGCCAGAGUGUUGAUGGAGGUGGCUGAGCAGGCUGGUGAGGGUGGGUGGGAGAAAGCGGAUAUACAAAAGUGGUUUGAGUGGUCGACUUUGCCGUAUGUGGUGGGGACUUUGGUGAAGAGGGCGUGA